UCUCUCUGUGUGUGUGUCUGUGUCUCUCUGUCUCGCUGUAUCUCUCUGUCUCUGUGUGUGUCUCUCUGUGUGUGUCUCUGUCUCGCUGUAUCUCUCUGUCUCUGUGUGUGUCUCUGUCUCUCUGUGUGUGUCUCUGUGUGUCUCUCUGUCUCUGUGUGUCUCUCUGUCUCUGUGUGUGUCUUUCUGUCUUUCUGUGAGUCUCUGUGUCUCUCUGUGUGUCUCUCUCUGUGUGUCUCUCUGUCUCUGUGUGUCUCUCUGUCUCUGUGUGUGUCUUUCUGUCUUUCUGUGAGUCUCUGUGUCUCUCUGUGUGUCUCUCUCUGUGUGUCUCUCUGUCUCUGUGUGUCUCUCUGUGUGUGCGGUGCCGUGCGCGCGGCGUUAGAUUCACAGCGGGGCCGGCGGAGCAGUCGUCAUCAUGAUCUUCCCCAGCUCCCUCACGGAGGAAGAGGAGAGUCUGCAGAAGAAAUUCGCCAAGCUCAAGAAGAAGAAAAAAGCAGUCAUGGCCUUAAAGAAACAAAGCACGGCAAAUCCGUCCACACAGAGUGGCUUAAAGCGAUCCGUGUCGGAGCAGCCGACCGUGGAUGGAGCCGCAGCCACGGAGCAGGCGAAGAAGCUGAUGAAGAGCGGCGCCAUCAGCGCCAUCCGGCCCGAGACCAAGAGCUCCGGCUUCAAGCGCUCGCGCACGCUGGAGGGAAAGCUCAAGGACCCAGAGAAGGAGAAGCCGCCCUCAUUUCAGCCGUUCCAGAGAAGCGUUUCUGCCGAGGAUGAGGCUGCGGAGGCUAACGUGCGCCGUCCACAAGUGAAGAAUCUCUACGAGAGCUUUGUGAGUGGCCGUGAUAAUGAGAACUCAGCGAUGGAAGAUGCAGAGCGCGUCGAUGACAGAGGGUGGGACCGAGAGAGACAUUCGUCGGAGCGGCGUGAGCCUCGCCGGGGGAACACGAUCUACGUGAACGGCUCUGGGAUCACGGACGAGAUCCUGCAGACGGCCUUCAGCUCCAUCGGCCCGGUCCUCAACGUCACCAUGGAGCGCGCUCGCAGCUGUGGAUUUGUCACGUUCGAGAAAAUGGAGUCUGCCGACCAAGCCAUAGCGGAGAUGAACGGGGCCGUGGUAUCGGACGUGCGUCUCCGCGUGUCCCUUGCGCGCCGUCAGCCCAAGAUCGAGGCCACAGCUGGGACGUCGCCCUGGAGCACUCUGGCGCUGGGACACAGCGCCAAGGGGCUGCACCAAGAUCGACGCAAUCAAGUCGUCUACUCGGAUGAUCCCUUUUCGUGACAACACCCGACUGCCUUUCCAAGCCCCUCACGUCCCGUCUCAUUCCUCUCUCCACUUUCCUCUCCUUGGUUUGCAUUUCUAGCGAGUAGCCUUGUAGCACGUUGUCGAUUUGGGGGCGAUUAUUUGAUUAAAACCUUUUUUUUCCACAAUUCGUUCCGUCUGGUUUGUGUUGCCCAUCCCGCGUGCGGCCUUGUUCGUUCCAUCGACAU